AUGAACUCAAACAUAUUCUUACGACUGCUUGUACGUGGGGGACCUCGUCCUCUGCACACCGGUGUUCGAUUCAUGACCCCCACGGUGCAUUACAUGAAACCGGUUAGUCCAUUAGUAACAAUGUUUGGCACAAAGAGAUUUAACUCAACAUCAGUAUCAGCAGCAACAGCAGUACCAGCAGUAGAUUCGGCUGGUGCAUCCUCUGAAAUCGUUACCUCGUUGCCCUCGUUAGCAGAAAUCCCUUCCAAAGUCGUCUCCACCGUUAGUCCCGACCAAAUCGGCUACCUUGAAUCAUUGGAUAUCGUUCUGGGGUACACUUACCCUUCAGAUAUCGCCGGUAGACUUUUAGAAGCCCUUCAUAUCUCUGCAGGAUUACCUUGGUGGGCGUCUAUUAUGGUGGCGUGUAUUGUUGUAAGAUUAGCCUUGGUUCCAAUGUAUGUGAAGAUGACUAGAAAUAUGGCCAAAUUGUCUCAUAUCAGACCGGAAUUGGAUGUCAUAAGCGAGAAGAUGAGCUCCGGUGAUCAAAGAGCAAUGCAAUUGGCUACAAUGGAACGGAAAAAGUUGUUUAAGGAAAACGAUAUUAAAAUGAGAUACUCCUUAACUCCGUUGAUUAACUUGCCGGUGACUAUUGGAUUCUACAGAGUAAUUCUGAGAAUGGCGGAAUACCCCGUUUCCGGCUUUACUAGUGAAGGUAUUCUUUGGUUUCAGAAUUUGGCUGCAGUCGAUUCAGUUUUAGGUUUGCAAAUUAUAACUGCUUGUCUGAUUGCUGCGUUAGUUAAGUUUGGUGGUGAAGCUGGAGCUUCAACCAUGUCACCUCCCAUUAAAAAGGUUAUGAUGGCUGCACCAUUUGCUUCAAUUUUUAUUACGUACAACUUUUCUGCCGGUGUGGUUUGGUAUUUUGCGGUAUCGGCCUUUUUCUCCGCUUUCCAAUCGGCCCUAUUUAGAAGCCCAGCCUUCCGGAAGUGGGCAAACUUACCAGCCAUCACUAAUCGUCCUCCGUUACCCGGCUCCAAACCACAACCUACAACUAUCAUGGAAUGGUUAAAGAAACAACAAGAAAACUCCCAUAAAAAGAGUCUUGCUAGUAGUGAAUACUUGAGUAAGAAGUUGGACAACAUCGAGAAGAGAAAGCAAGACUCCCAUAACUUCAUCAAGAAACAUUAA